AUGUUCUCCAUAGAUAUCUUUACGUGUUCACCUCUGAAGAAUAUGAAGAAAUAUGUAUCUCCAUGCAUUCUUUGUUAUCUUUCAAAUUUAUUUCUCAUUUCUAUCCGACCGAAGAAGAGAUUGAAAAGACAAAUGGUGUAUUCUAAUCAACAUCUUGCCUGGUUCGACAUCCUCGCCUCUCCAAUUAUUCUCUUCUGGUAUAUUGGCGCAUUCUACGCCUUUCUUCUUUUCAUCGUCAAACCAUUUAUGGUUCCGAAAGGGUCUGCAAGACAGCCUUUUCUUCUAUGUGGAGAGAAACCAUCGGAGAAUCGGACCCUCAAUAUCCAUUGA